CGCGCAUGCGCAGGCGGCGGCGCCGCCGCCGCUGCUGCCGGGUGCGGGAGGGAGGAUGGCGGCGGGCGGCAGCGGCGGCGGCCCCGCGGCGGGAGCGGGUCCCGGCGGCGGCCCCGGGGCCAGGAAGGGAAGCGCUGCCCGGGAUGCGGAAGCCGAGGUUUGGUGCCGACGGGUGAGGGAGUUGGUGAGCUCCUCCCCCGCCAACCGGCUCUGCUUUGAGUGCGGCCAGCGCGGCGUCACCUACGUGGACAUCACCGUGGGCAGCCUCGUCUGCACCGGCUGCUCCGGGGCGCUGCGGGGCUUGAACCCCCCUCACCGCGUCAAGUCCAUUUCCAUGACGACCUUCACCGAAGCCGAGGUGCUUUUCCUGCAGGCCCACGGCAACGAGGCCUGCCGGCGCGUGUGGCUCGGCACCUUCGACGCCCGAACCUCGCUGCUCCCCGAUUCCCACGACCCCCAGAAAGUGAAGGAGUUUUUGCAGGAGAAAUAUGAGAAAAAACGAUGGUACGUGGCGCCGGAGCAAGUAAAGCCCCCCCAAAGCGCCGCGGCGGAGCCGGCGCCCACCCAGCCGCUCCUGGGGGACGCGGGGACGCUGCUGCAGCCCCGCCCAGCCCCCCACCGCCCACCCCAGCCCGCCCGGAAAACCAGCACCGACCUAUUGGCCGAUAUCGGGGGGGAUCCCUUCGCUGCCCCCCAACCUGCGCCCGCCUUCGCCGCCUUCCCGGGCUUCCCCGGCCCGGCCCCACCCCGCGCUGCCUUCCCCAAUUUCGAUGCCUUUGGAGCCCGCCCGGGAGCACCCGCGUUUGGGGAGGCUGCGCCCCCCUUCCACACCCCGCCCGCACCCGCAGGGGGUGCUGCUGCAUGGGGCGGGGCCAGCACUGUACCGCCCUCAGGGGGCGGAGCCUCUGCCAGCCUCUUCGGGACCCUGCAGCCCCCCCAGGCGCUGCCCCCGCCGCCCUAUGGGGGCUACACCAACCCCUUCGUGGCCCCCAGUGCCCCCCAACCCUCCACCAACCCCUUCCAGAGCAACGGCCCCGCUGCCGGUGCCGGUUUUGCUGCCCCCCCAGGUCCUGGGGGGUUCCCCAGCCCCUUCCAGGCUGAUGGUUCACCCUUCGGUGGAUUCAGCAUUGCCAAAGCCUCAACCAACCCUUUCGUGACGCCCCCGGCCCCGACGGCCCCCUUCGGCAUCAAGCACCCGACCACCAACCCCUUCCUAUAGCCGCCGCCGCCGCCUGGGGGCGGGGGGGAACGGGGACAGACACACGGACGGACGGACCCCAGCCCCCCCAGCCCCCAGCCCGGAUUGCAGAGGGGACCCAGGCGUCCGGGUGCCUGCCCCUCCCCCCGCCCAGAACCAGGUUUUAUUUUUUUGAGAGAUAUAUCACAAUAUCUAAUAUAUAUUCUAUACAAACUGC